AUGAUUGGAUUAUGUUCUUCAAGGUUUUUUACUUUAUCUUUUCUUAUUUUAUCAUACACGAUUCAAGUUACUCCUGAACAUUUAAAUGGAGGUAUCGAAGAUUAUCUUGAUAAAUAUAUUUCAGAAACAACAGGAUAUAAUAAGGAUUAUGAAUGUAUUGUAAUUUGUGUGUUAAAUGUUUUAGAACAUAAACCUAUAAGAAUUGCAGAAGGUACAGGGAAUGUUGUAUUUUCAGUAAAAUUUGAAGCAAUUGUUCAGAAAAUCAUCCGAUCAGAAGUUGUUGAUGGUAUUAUUUCUAGUGUUAAUAAAGAAGGAGUUACAGUAGAUGUGGGGUCAUGGAAAAAUAUUCAUGUCACAGCAUCAAAAGUAGCUGAUUGUGAAUAUGUUGAACAAAGUGGUUGUUAUCGUGAUAAGGAUCGAGCUUCUCUCUACCAAAUAAGAAAAGGUAGUCAUGUCCGUGUCCGUUCAGAUGUUGUUGAUUAUAACAUCAAUGGAAAAAAAUGUUUAGGGACUAUUGAAAGAUCUUUUUCAUCUCAUGACUGA